ACAGCAUCUAAAAAAAGCUCUCCACCCAAUGCUACACUCACUGAGUGUACGUAAACACUUGGUGUGGAGUUCAGCCGCCUGUUGCCUGCCAUGGCUGCGUUUUGCCGGAUACUUCUCCUGUUAUCUGUGGCUGCGGCCUCUGUGGCGACACGCAGGUCCCAGCGGACCAAAAGAGGGUUACUGGAGUUGGCAGGAGCCAUCAAAUGCAGCACAGGGAGAUCUGCCUUGGCUUACAUGAUGUACGGAUGCUACUGUGGUCUGGGUGGUCAGGGCUGGCCUAGAGACAGGGCCGACUGGUGUUGCCACAGACAUGAUUGCUGUUAUGGAGAUGCAGAACGUCUUGGCUGCCAUACCAAAACAGCCCAGUACCAGUGGACGUGUGAGGACAAGAAAGCUGAGUGUGAGGAUUUGAAGGACAAAUGUGAAAAUCUGCUGUGCAAGUGUGACAGAGACGCCGCCAAGUGUUUGAGAAAAGCACCUUUCAUCCAGAAGUUUGCCCUUUGGCCAGAUUUCCUCUGCGGUUACGAGCACCCAAUGUGUAAUAUUUACUGACACAAUCAAUGCAUGUCCUGUGUGCCUAUUGUAAAUAUAGCAUGUCACAGUAAUAAUGGUAGUGGCAUAGUUAUUUGACUUCUAUUGUGAUUUUUUUUUUUUACUGUCAUCAGGCUCUUUUCAUUAAAUGGUGAAAGAAUAUAAUGAGUUGUGUUUUUGCAGACACCUUUAUAUUGAUUAUGUUGUUCUAAUAAAAGACAAAAGGAACACUGUUGACAGACACACUGUGUGUACUUCCUGGAAUGUGAUAAGGAUAACAAUCACACAAUGGAAAGGUAACUUGAGCGUUCAGUCGAAACUCAGUCCAAAGGUGAAAUGUUAAUCAGCGAGG